UGGUCAACUUUUGCAACGCGCUCUUAAAAAACCAGUUCAUAAAGUGAUAUGUAGAAGCCUUUUUAACUUUGAUCACAAGACAUAUCGACCAAAAUCAACACUGCAAAUGGCGAAGAUAUCGUUACUGCUAUCUGUCCUUCUUUGUUCUAUACUCUUUCUUGUGGUUCAUCAAGAAGCCACAGCCCAACAGUCCAACUUCUUAUACCACUUUUGUCAUAACCACAAAGGUAACUACACCAUCAACAGUACCUACCAUGAAAACCUCAACCAUCUUCUCACCACUCUUCCCAGCUCCCAAAACGACAACGGUUACGGCUUUUACAAUCUCUCCUACGGCAAAGGGUCGGACCAAGUUUACGCUAUCGGACUAUGCCGGGGAGACGCUAAGCCCGAUGUCUGCCGGAGUUGCCUCAACGACUCCGCCCAUCUUCUCACAGACAUCUGCCCCAACCAGAAGGAGGCAGUCGGAUGGUACGACAACUGCAUGUUACGAUACUCGAAUGGGUCCAUGUUGGGCACUCCUGUCACGAGCUCAUUAUUCUACAUGAGCAACAGCCAAAACGUGUCCUCUUCUAACGUUAAAGUCUUUUUUGAAGAUCUUAGGACGUUAUUAGAUGGCUUGAAAAAUAGAGCCGCUUCCGGCGGUUCCCUUCGUAAGUACGCCACAGGAAAUGCAAGCGGUCCGGAGUUCAUAACCAUAUACGCACUCACGCAGUGCACGCCGGACUUGUCCGAGCUCCAAUGUAUCAAUUGCUUAGACGCCGUGUACGGUAUUAUUCCGGAUUGUUGUUCUGGGAAAGUAGGAGCAAGAGUUGUUGGUCCGACUUGUAGUGUAAGAUACGAGAAAUACCUCUUCUACGGAUCUACAGAUGACGCGCCGCCUCCAUCCCCAACAGUAACGACAGCGCCACCACCGUCGACGAAUAGCACUAUAAGCAAUGCUACAGAAGGAGAAAAAAGUAGUGAUAAGUCUAGAAAUACUAUUAUUGCCGUUGUGGCCACUGUUGCCGGUGUGGUACUAAUCAUAUUCUUCGUUGUGUGUUUAAGAUUGAGGAAGCGCCCAAAGAAAAAAGUUCAAGCACAAUUAACAUACGAACCGGCGGAUGAAAUUGAAAGCGCGGAGUCGUUGCAUUACAAUUUUGACACCAUUAAAGUUGCGACAGAUCAAUUUUCUGAGCAAAAUAAACUCGGACAAGGUGGAUUUGGUGCAGUGUAUAAGGGCACACUUCUUGAUGGACAAGAAAUAGCAGUAAAAAGGUUGUCUAAGGGUUCAGGACAAGGAGAUCUCGAAUUCAAGAAUGAAGUAAUGCUAGUUGCCAAGCUUCAACACCGCAAUCUUGUUAGGCUUCUCGGUUUCAGCUUGGAAGGAAGUGAAAGGCUUCUUGUCUAUGAGUUUGUGAAAAAUGCAAGUCUCGAUCAUUUCAUAUUUGAUCCAAGAAAGCGUGCUAAUUUAGAUUGGGACAGGCGUUACAAAAUAAUAGGAGGUGUAGCUCGAGGACUACUUUAUCUUCAUGAAGAUUCUCGUUUGACAAUUAUCCACCGCGAUCUCAAAGCAAGUAACAUCUUGUUAGAUGAAGACAUGAAUCCUAAAAUUUCAGAUUUUGGAAUGGCUAGACUUUUUGUUAUUGAUCAAACUCAAGGCAAUACAAGUCGUAUAGUGGGAACAUAUGGAUAUAUGGCUCCAGAAUAUGUUAUGCAUGGGCAAUUUUCAGCCAAAUCUGAUGUGUUUAGUUUUGGUGUUUUACUUUUGGAAAUAAUAAGCGGGCAAAAGAAUAAUUGUUUUCGUCAAGGAGAGCAAGCAGAAGACCUUUUAAGCUGUACGUGGAGACUAUGGAGGGAAGGAAACACUUCAAAGAUGGUAGAUCCAAUAAUGAGAGUUGGGUCGGGAUCUGAAAUAAUGAGAUGCAUUCAUAUAGGACUAUUGUGCGUUCAAAAAAAUAUGGCAAACAGACCAACCAUGAAUGCUAUUGUGCUCAUGCUAAACAGUAACUCUCUUUCUCUUCCACUGCCCUCAGAACCAGCUUUCUUUAUGCGUAGCAACUACACGGGAUCAGAUAUGUCAUUUGGAUCUGAUAUCAAUUCAAGAGUGCAUACUCAAUCUUCAAAUCAUUCAAAGAGCGAGUCUAUUAAAGAAUCUCUUAAUGAUGCUUCUAUUACUGAACUCUACCCUCGAUAAAAUGAGAAUGGCUUGUAGGAGCUUAAGUGUUCUCAAUUUUUUCCCCUUGAUAUAUUCUAUGUUCUUAAAAGUAUUGUAUAGUGAUAUUUUGAAAGAAAAUUUAUUGACUAAAUCAAGCCCUAUUAUUUAUAUAAAUUUAUAUAUAUUUAUUGGAACA